GGAUUUAAAAAAAUCAUCGAUAAAAUGAUUGGGGUGUCUUCUGUGCAUUGUGGGAUCAACUGUUAUUGUGCUCCAUGCACCUGAAGAGAAGUCUCUUGGCUCUGUACAAGAAAUAUGGGAAUUGGCCAUUCAACCUGGUAUUCUGUCAGGGUUUCAUUGAUUAUCCAUUACGAAAAGCUGCCUAAUGGUAUUUUCCUGAUUAUUGCUUUCUGCUUUUUGCAUCCAGCAUUCCUCUCGUACACUGCCUCAGCAAUUGUCGUGACAUUGUUCUUGGUUUUAUAUUGCACUCCCCGUUAUGGCCAGACUAAUAUUUUGGUUUAUACUGGAAUAUGCUCGAUAAUUGGGUCCUUUACUGCAUUGGAUAAUUUUAACACAGCAGUUGUUUCUCCAACCUAUUAUGCAUUGUUCACAUCUUUUACAUUAUUGGCCAGCGCAAUCAUGUUUAAGGACUAUUAUGGUCAAAGUGUAAGCAGUAUUGCGUCAGAGCUAUGUGGUUUCAUCACUAUUUUAUCUGGAACGACUAUAUUGCACAGUACAAGAGAACCAGAUCCUCCAGUCAUUGCAGAUUUAUAUACACCAUUGUCUCCAAAAGUUUCAUGGUAUAUCCAAGGCAACAGCGAACCCUGGAAACAGAAGGAGGAGGAUGUGUCACCCUUGAAUUUAAUUGCGAUUAUACGGCAAGACCAUUUCAAGUGACAUAGGAGGCUAAACUGCAUGAGGUGGAUCUAUCUUGUGCUAUCCUUCCAUCGAGGUAGAUAUAGCACCUGUAUUUUUCAUACUCCUUAAGCUUGUUUAUAUUAAGCAACAUUGUGCAGGCAGAGACGAGACAGUGCUUCCU